GAAACAGCAUCCCGGAAAAGGAAGCGCCAGCACAACCAGGGUGCUGUUUUUGAACGUUAGAGCAGAAAGUGGCAGCUGUGCUCUGGAGGACUUGAAGAGAAGAGAGUUGCUGUUGAAGUAGCGGGUGGCGGUCCAGCUUUUAGAGCAGCUCUUCGGUGUUUUGGAGAGGCAUGAAUGACUUUGCUGUUCUCAACACUGGGCGUAAGAUGCCCCUCAUUGGACUGGGGACAUGGAAGAGUGAGCCAGGAAAGGUGAAACAGGCUGUUAUCUGGGCCUUGGAGGCUGGCUAUCGUCACAUCGACUGUGCCUCCAUCUAUGGAAAUGAGGUUGAGGUGGGAGAAGCUCUGCAGGAGAUGCUCGGCCCAGACAAGCCUCUGAGACGAGAGGACGUCUUCAUCACCUCUAAGCUGUGGAACAACCGCCAUCACCCAGAGGAUGUUGAGCCCUCCCUCCUGAAAACCCUGAAGGACCUGAAGCUGGAGUACCUGGACCUCUAUCUCAUCCACUGGCCCUAUGCAUUCCAACGAGGAGACGUUCCUUUUCCCAGAAAGGAGGACGGCGCCUUGUUGUACGAUGACACAGACUACAAGGUGACCUGGGCGGCCAUGGAGAAGCUGGUGGAGAAAGGCCUUGUUCGAUCCAUCGGCCUGUCCAACUUUAACAGCAGGCAGAUCGAUGACAUCCUGUCUGUGGCCAGCAUUAAACCCACCGUUCUACAGGUAGAGAGCCACCCGUAUCUGGCCCAGGUAGAUCUGCUGGCGCACUGUCGAGAUCGGGGUCUGGUGAUGACGGCGUAUAGCCCCCUGGGCUCCCCGGACCGGGCCUGGAAACAGCCAGACGAACCCGUCCUGCUGCAGGAGCCAGCGGUUCUCUCCCUUGCAGAGAAGUAUAAGAAGUCCCCUGCUCAGAUCAUGUUGAGAUGGCAGACACAGCGAGGAGUCGUAACCAUUCCCAAGAGUGUGACAGACUCACGCAUCAAGGAGAAUAUUCAGGUGUUUGACUUCACCCUUGAAGCAGAGGAAAUGAAAAGCAUCACCGCACUGGACAGAGGCUGGCGCUACAUUGUACCAAUGAUUGAGGUGGAAGGAAAGCGAGUUCCCAGGGAUGCAGGACAUCCUUAUUACCCCUUCAAUGACCCCUACUAAUGACUUCCACUGCAGCCUGAAUUUGUGCCUUCAACUUUAACCUCACAUCAUCGAUCGUCGUCGUGGUUUUUGUCUUCAGUCUGUUUGAUUCUGCACUUAUUGCUCGAAUGCAUCAUACUGCCAGUCCAAGAGACUGUGAAGAAAUUACUGUAACUGAAUGCACACCUGUUCUUUUUUUAAAUAAACAUUUUGUUACGUUG